UGGAUGGAUUGGCAAUAUCGAAUUAAUUCAAUGAAAAUGAAUCAAGUAGGAAUUAAAUAUUGGACCUAUACAACAUCACCUGUGCAUACAGGUGUCUACUAGUAGUGCUAAUUUCUUUCACUAAGACAUUGAAAAUGAAUAGGAUACAAAUGAAACAUUUCCAUUGGAAAUAGGUAUAGGAUGUAAAUGUGCGUUUGUUUGGCUUGACCACCUCCUUUGUAAUUAUUUGAAUAGACUUUCUUUUGUUACAAUCCACUGUUAUUCCGCUCAUUUUCUAUUCUGAGAGAAUCAUUCCAUUUUUUCGUAUAAAAGCACGACCAUUAGCAAUGAAUUGAUCCAUCAAACGAAACAAACAAAUCCACAAUUCGAACAAUUCGUUCCAAAGCAAAACCAAACUCAAAACUAGCCAAAAUGAAAUUCUUGAUCGCUUUCGCUGCCCUUAUCGCCGUCGCUGCUGCUGUUCCAUAUGCUCCAUUGGUCAGCUAUUCGACUCCAAUCAUCACCAAAUCAUAUGCUGUCGCACCAAUCGUUAAAAGCUAUGCUGCCCCGAUCGUUGCCGCACCAAUCUACAAAAGCUACGCUACCCCAAUCAUUUCGGCUCCAAUCUACAAAAGCUAUGCUGCACCAAUCAUUGCUGCACCAAUCUAUUCCAAAGCCUAUGCUGCACCAGCUUACGGUUAUGGUUACGGUUUAGGUGGUGGUUACUAUGGUGGUGGCUAUUACGGCAAAUACUAGAUAUUAACAUCAUAUUAAUCAAGAUAAAUCAUCAACAACAAGAACCGUAUGGGAAACCAUCAUCCAUCCUGUACAAUAGAAUUGUGUGUA